AUGAAAGGAAACCAAUUUCCCUAAAGGGAGAAAAUCUCUACAGGAUGCGAUGAAUCCAGUUCCAGAUAGCUGCUAGCAUUAAGCCAUGUCGGAAAUGAUCCUGAAAUCUAACUCUCUGCGAUAAUGACAACCGAGAUUAUUAUUAUGAUGACUCUUUAUAGGAAAGGAAAGGAAAAGAUGAUGGUAAGGAUUGUGGACUUCCUUGAUUUGACUGUGCUCACUUCAACAGGAGAACAAGACAGCCACAUCGAGAGAAAAGGGCUCCACGUUUCCCUUCAUGCGCCAACACAGAGUGACAGGCCAAAAGGUGAUCUUCUCAGCCGAGCACAAUCGCACAAUGCCACCUCGCCAGCCCUGAACUACGUACGGAACAAUCAUGGUUGCAGCGCACCCUCUCUCAAUUCAACCCAAUUACUCCAUUGUCACCCUCACCAGGCAGAAGCAACACCAAGGUCUGUUCUACAAUUGAUGGAUGUCGAGGGAUUAACCCUUUUCCAUGUCAAGAGCCACCUCCAGAAGUAUAGACAAGGCAGACAUUCAGUAAAGGAAUUCAGCGAGCCACUCAUAAAUGGUAUCUCAGCUGCUCAGGGAUCCGAAGGCCCGGGUAGUUCUAUGAACUUGCCCCCAUCGCAAGCAAAGAAUCAACCCAAAGGCAAAUCAAAGGUUAAGAAAGAAGAUCGAGGCAGCCUUUAUCAGAAGAUUCAGGCCCAGCGAGCUAUACAUAGGUAUUUACAUGCACAGGGAAGUUACCUCAGAAUAGCAAUAAAUAACGCGUGUAAGUUUGCUUCUAACCAGUGCGUUGAAGGCGCAACCCUGGAGAAUAGCAAUUACUAUGGGCAGGGCUUCGUCGGAUCAGGAAAUGCUGCCCUGCUGAUGCCAUAUUUUUACCAGAACCAGCUGAACACGAGCCAUGCAUGUAAUUCAAUGGAGGCAGUUAAUGCAGGUAUUUCUGUUGAAAUGCCAUGGAGUAGUUUCCAAACCCCAACGACAGUUCAAGCUGGGACUGAGAACAGCUCCGUUUCAGUCGGGCAUUCAACAGGUUCAUAUCUGGAAGGUUCCAAAACACUUCCUAGACAAGGAAGCGAGGGGGAUGGGGCAUCAUAUGAGGACCCCGUGGACAACUAUUUGAAUUGGGAUGACACCUGCGCAAACAUCCUAGCUAUCGACUAUGGUCGCUUCGAUCCGGCCAGAGGUGCCGGGACCUCUAAAUAACAGGCCAAAAUAAAUCAUCAAUCAUCGGAAUUUGGUUGGUCUGGCCAGUUUCAAGAAUUUCUACCCUUGCAUCAGGAGUAACCUCCCUACCUACCUAUCUAUGAUGUAAUUAACAGCAGUAAGACUGGAUUGUGAAGACUUUUAGCAGUUAGUGUUUUGGUUUUUAUUUAUGAAGACAGUGCUUUGAA